GUGCGUUUACGUAAAGCUGGCGCUCCGGUUUCCCCUGGCGGAGAAGAUGGCGGCUCCUGGACCGGGGGAGUAUUUCAGCGUUGGGAGCCAUGUCUCUUGCUUCACCUGCCUGGGCCAACGUUUGCAAGGAGAAGUCGUCGCCUUUGACUACCAGACCAAGAUGUUAACUCUGAAAUGUGCUUCCUCCAGCGGCAAGCCCAACCUCAGCGACAUCGUCCUGAUCAACUUAGCCUACGUUUCUGAUGUAGAAACCAUUAACGACCGCACCGAGACCCCUCCUCCUCUAGCAUCUUUGAAUGUCAGCAAACUUGCCAAUCGGGCAAGGACGGAAAAGGAAGACAAGUUGUCCCAAGCCUAUGCAAUCAGCGCUGGGGUUUCAGUCGAGGGCCAGCAACUAUUCCAGACUAUACAUAAAACCAUUAAAGACUGCAAAUGGCAGGAGAAGAACAUUAUCGUGAUGGAUGACGUCAUAAUCUCGCCACCCUAUCAGGUGGAAAACUGCAAAGGCAAAGAGGGAAGUGCUUUAAGUCAUAUACGCAAAAUUGUCGAGAAACAUUUUAGAGACGUGGAAACGCAGAAGUCGAUGCAACGUUCACAAGCACAGCAAACACAGAAGGAGUCGUCGUUAUCAUCCUGAGGUGAUGGGGGCGGGCACGGAUCGGCCAGAGAGGGCACGGUGGGCAUCGGCGCCCCGGAAGCUGAGCGAGAACGGCACUUCCCUCUCUCCCCCUCUCUCUGUCUCUGUCUGUCUCCUCUCCUCCUCCCCCCAUUCAGUGUCACAGUCAGGGGGUGGGUGGGUCACCAAGGGACCCCCGGGUCUACCAGAUCAAAUAUUAAAAAAAAACAAACA